AGAAGAAAGCAAGAUUGCUUCAACAACUUUCUAAGCAAUUGUUACUCUUUGGUCAAAACGAAAAGACUGAACCCUGCAAUGGCACAUGGUGCUAGAGGAGAAUCUUCUUCCAGCUCUGAUCCUUGUAAUUCAACUCAUAACUGGAAAUAUGAUGUGUUCUUGAGUUUUAGAGGGAAAGACAUUCGCUUGAAGUUUCUGGAUCACUUAGAUAAAGCUUUGGAAAGAAGUGGCAUCAAAACGUUUAAGGAUGAUAAAGAUCUUGAGAGAGGGGGAGUUAUAAAACAAGAUUUGUUUCAAGCAAUCGAGGAUUCUCUCUGUGCAGUUGUUGUUGUCUCUGAAAAUUAUGCAAAAUCUACGUGGUGUUUAGAGGAGCUUCAAAAGAUCCUUGAAGCUUCAAAAAUAUUGGAUCGACGGGUUUUUCCCAUAUUCUAUGAUGUUGAUCCAGCCGAUGUAAGACACCAACGAAAACGCUUUCGGGAAGCCAUGGAUGAACAUGAAGACAGAUUCAGAGAGGACAAUGUGAAAGUGCAGACUUGGAGAAGUGCAUUGUGUGAAAUUGCCAACUUGUCUGGUUGGGACACUAGGGGCAGGCCUGAAGCAGAUCUUAUAGAAAAAAUAGUCACAGAUGUACGGGCUUACAUAAUUCCUAAAUUACCAUCUCAUGUUGACAAUCUAGUUGGGAUUGAGUCAAGAGCACGUGAUAUAAUGUCUCUCUUGGAGAUUGGGUUGGAUGACAGACGUUUUGUAGGGAUAUGGGGUAUGGGCGGGGUGGGUAAAACAACUCUUGCUAGAGCAACGUCGUCUCUUUGCAAAAAAGCUUCUUUCUCAUCUCCAAAUAAAAGACAAGAUGAUGAUGAAUACGAAGGAAUGAAGAUGAUAAGAAAGCUUCUCUGCAGUAAAAAGGUUCUUCUAGUCAUUGAUGAUGUAGAUAAUGAGGAUCAAUUAACUAAUUUGGCCGAAAGUCCAGAUUGGUUUGGUAAAGGAAGCAGAAUAAUUUUUACAACAAGAGAUAAGCACUUGCUCACCUCAUGUGGAGUAGAUGAGCAAAGAAUAUAUGAGAUGAAAACCAUGAAGAAAGAUGAAUCUCUUCAACUCUUUUCAAACAAAGCAUUCAACAAAGAUCAUCCUCCUGAUGAGGAUUAUUUGAAGUUGUCUGAGUCCGUAGUUGAAUAUACAGGAGGUCUUCCUUUGGCACUUGAAGUUUUGGGCUCUUUUCUUUGUGGGAGGAGUAAAGCUGAGUGCAUGGAUGCUUUAGAUAGGUUGAAGCAAAUUCCUGAUAAUGAUAUCCUUCAAGUACUUAAAAUAAGUUACGAUGGAUUAAGGAAUGAGGAAGAAAAGACAAUAUUUUUAGAUAUUGCUUGUUUCUUUAAGGGCUGGCAGAAAGAAUAUGUGACUCAAAUUUUGGAAAGAUGUGGUCUUCAUGCAACAAUAGGAAUAAAUGUCUUGAUCCAGAAAACU